AUGACAAACCUGAAGCUCACCGAUGGCUUCAAGUCGGAGAUUGAGAAUGUCCCCAUUGAGCAGGAGCAAAAUGACAGGAACAGCCUCAGCAUGAAGGGUGAAGGCCCAGAAAUCGACCCAGUCUUGGAAAAGAAAGUCCUCCGAAAGGUUGAUUUCAACCUGGUGCCCAUCCUCUUCCUGUUGUUUCUUUGCGCUUUCAUUGACCGCAUCAAUAUCGGCAAUGCGCGCAUCCAAGGGCUCGAAGCCGACCUCAACAUGACAGGGCAAGACUACAAUAUUGCUCUGUUCACCUUCUUCAUCCUGUACAUCUUGCUAGAAGUCCCCUGCAACAUGAUCCUGAAGAAAAUCCGCCCCUCAGUCUUCAUUUCCAGCAUUAUGGCUGGCUGGGGUGUCGUGACAGUUUGCCAGGGUUUAACCAAGUCCUUCGCUGGGCUAGUAGUUUGCAGAGUCAUCAUCGGCGCGCUUGAGGCCGGGUUUUUCCCAGGUUGCGUUUACCUGCUCUCCAUGUACUACCGUCGCCACGAGCUGCAAUGGCGCUUCAAUCUUUUCUUCUCCGCUUCGAUCAUCGCGGGCGCAUUCAGCGGGUUCCUCGCCUAUGCCAUUGCACACAUGGACGGGAUUGCAGGCUACGGGGGAUGGGCCUGGAUCUUUAUCCUUGAGGGCAUCUUCACCGUCAUCGUUGCCGUGGCCAGCUACUGGCUGAUCCCGGAUUGGCCUGAGACUGCCAAAUUCUUGAAAGAGGACGAGCGUGAACUCCUCAUUCGCCGCCUUGCACUAGACCGAAACGACGCUUCGAUGAAUCACUGGAACAAGAAAACGGCAAAACGUGUUUUCAGCGACCCUAAGAUCUAUCUCAGUAUUCUCAUGUACCUAGGCAUUGUGACAACCGGCUACAGCGGCUCCUUCUUCACGCCAACCAUUCUCAAGCAAUUAGGUUGGACCUCGCUCCGUGCUCAAGUGAUGUCCAUCCCGAUUUUCAUCUUUGCAACCGUGUGUGCUUUGACUGCCGCCUUCCUCAGUGACAAAGUCAAGCACCGCUAUGGUUUCAUCGUUGCGGGAUGUCUGGUUGCAACCAUCGGAUACUCCAUCUUGCUCAACAUGCAUAAGGUCAAAGUUGGCGUCCGAUACUUUGCUCUUUUCUGCAUCGUGGGAGGAGGAUACAUCGCUCAGCCCAUCUGUUUGGUGUGGAUGAGCAAUAACGUUGCAGGCCACUACAAGGUUGGCAUUUCGGCUGCAAUGCAAGUUGGAUUCGGUAACCUUGGAGGUAUCAUUGCUAGCAAUAUGUUUGUUACCAACCAGGCGCCAGAGUACCCCUUAGGCUUCGGCUUGGGACUGGGUCUGAUCUGGCUCUGCGUGCUCAGCUCCACGGGCUUCCUUUUCUAUAUCAAGCGAGAGAACAAAUUGCGUGAUCAAGGCAAACGUGACUACAGAUAUGAUUUGCCAGAGGACGAGAAGAACAAUCUUGGUGACGAUAGUCCAGCCUUCCGCUUCACGUACUAG